UCCCACCCGGGGGUGUGAACUCGAGGCCGGGUGGGUCGAGGGUCUCCUCGGGGACCAGCGCGAGGCGGAGCCACGGAGAAGCGCUCUUUCACACAGCAGCUUUCGCCCUGGCCCGGCUGCCGCCGCCCCGCCCUUUGCCCUUCACGGCGCCCGGCCCUCCGUGUGUGGGGCUGCCUCUCGCGCCUGGGCAGCCUGCCUUUCCCCGUUUGCCUUCUUUCCCGUCUCCUCCCCCGACUCCAACACCAGAGUCGCGGGUCCUGCAGUGUCCCAGAGGCUGCGCGUAUAACUUGCUCCGUGGGUAACUCAUUCGAUUUCGGAGUUCUUUUAAUUCUUCUGAAAGAUUUCAAAUCUUCUAGAAGCCAAAAUGGGACACAGUAAACAAAUUAGAAUUUUACUUCUGAACGAAAUGGAAAAGCUGGAAAAGACCCUCUUCAGACUUGAACAAGGGUUUGAACUACAGUUCCGAUUAGGCCCCACUUUACAGGGAAAAGCAGUUACUGUAUAUACAAAUUACCCAUUUCCUGGAGAAUCAUUUAAUCGAGAAAAAUUCCGUUCCCUGGAAUGGGAAAAUCCAACAGAAAGAGAAGAUGAUUCUGAUAAAUACUGUAAACUUAAUCUUCAGCAAGCUGGAUCAUUUCAGUAUUACUUCCUUCAAGGAAAUGAAAAAAGUGGUGGGGGUUACAUAGUUGUGGAUCCUAUUUUACAUGUUGGUGCUGACAAUCAUGUGUUACCCUUGGACUGUGUUACUCUCCAGACAUUUUUAGCUAAGUGUCUGGGACCCUUUGAUGAAUGGGAAAGCAGACUUAGGGUUGCAAAAGAAUCAGGCUACAACAUGAUUCAUUUUACCCCAUUACAGACUCUUGGACUAUCUAGGUCAUGCUACUCCCUAGCUAACCAGUUAGAAUUCAGUCCUGACUUUUCAAGACCUAAUAAAAAGUAUACCUGGAAUGAUGUUGGACAGCUGGUGGAAAAAUUGAAAAAGGAAUGGAAUGUUCUUUGUAUUACUGAUGUUGUCUACAACCAUACUGCUGCUAAUAGUAAAUGGAUCCAGGAACAUCCAGAAAGUGCAUAUAACCUUGUAAACUCUCCACACCUAAAACCUGCCUGGGUCUUAGACAGAGCUCUGUGGCAUUUAUCCUGUGAUGUUGCGGAAGGGAAAUACAAAGAAAGAGGCGUUCCUGCUUUGAUUGAAAAUGAUCAUCACAUGAAUUGCAUUCGAAAAAUAAUUUGGGAGGAUAUUUUUCCAAAGAUUCACCUCUGGGAAUUUUUCCAAGUGGACGUUCACCAAGCAGUUGAGCAAUUUAGAAGACUUCUUACACAAGAAAAUAGGAAAAUAACAACCAGACCUGAUCCAAAGCAACACCUUAAGAUUAUUCAGGAUCCUGAAUACAGAAGGCUUGGCUGUACUGUAGAUAUGAACAUUGCACUAGCAACUUUCAUACCACAUGACAACGGGCCAGCCGCAAUUGAUGAAUGCUGUAACUGGUUCCGUAAGAGAAUUGAGGAAUUAAAUUCAGAGAAGCAUCAACUCGUGAACUAUCAUCAGGAACAGGCAGUUAAUUGCCUUUUGGGAAAUGUGUUUUAUGAAAGACUGGCUGGCCAUGGUCCUAAACUAGGACCUGUCACUAGAAAACGUCCUUUAGUUACCAGAUACUUUACUUUCCCAUUUGAAGAAAUGACCCCCUCUACAGAAGAAUCUAUGAUGCAUCUCCCAAAUAAAGCUUGUUUUCUGAUGGCACAUAAUGGGUGGGUAAUGGGAGAUGAUCCCCUUCGAAACUUUGCUGAACCAGGUUCAGAUGUUUAUCUAAGGAGAGAACUUAUUUGUUGGGGAGACAGCGUCAAAUUGCGCUAUGGGAAUAAACCAGACGACUGUCCUUAUCUCUGGGCACACAUGAGAAAAUACACUGAAAUAACUGCGACUUAUUUCCAGGGAGUGCGUCUGGAUAACUGCCACUCGACACCCCUUCAUGUAGCCGAGUACAUGUUGGAUGCUGCUAGGAAAUUGCAACCCAAUUUGUAUGUAGUAGCCGAACUGUUCACAGGAAGCGAAGAACUGGACAAUGUGUUUGUCACUAGACUGGGCAUUAGUUCCCUAAUAAGAGAGGCAAUGAGUGCAUAUAAUAGCCAUGAAGAAGGCAGAUUAGUUUAUAGGUAUGGAGGAGAACCUGUCGGAUCCUUUGUUCAGCCCUGUCUGAGGCCUUUAAUGCCAGCUAUUGCACAUGCCCUGUUUAUGGAUAUUACCCAUGAUAAUGAGUGUCCUAUAGUGCAUAGGUCAGAAUAUGAUUCUCUCCCAAGUACCACAAUUGUUUCUAUGGCAUGUUGUGCUAGUGGAAGUACUAAAGGCUAUGAUGAAUUAGUGCCUCAUCAGAUUUCAGUGGUUUCUGAAGAACGGUUUUAUACUAAGUGGAACCCCGGAGCGUCUCCAUCAAAUACAAGUGAAGUUAAUUUCCAAAGUGGAAUUAUUGCAGCCAGAUGUGCUAUCAAUAAACUUCAUCAAGAGCUUGGGGCCAAGGGUUUCAUUCAGGUGUAUGUGGAUCAGGUUGAUGAAGACAUAGUGGCAGUAACAAGACAUUCACCCAGUAUUCAUCAGUCUGUCGUGUCUGUGUCUAGAACUGCUUUUAGGAAUCCUAAGACUUCAUUUUACAGCAAGGAAGUGCCUCAAAUGUGCAUCCCUGGCAAAAUUGAAGAAGUAGUUCUUGAAGCUAGAACUAUUGAGAGAAAUACAGAACCUUAUCAGAAGGAUGAGCAUUUCAUCAAUGGAAUGCCGAAUAUCACAGUAGAAAUUAGAGAACAUAUUCAGCUUAGUGAAAGUAAAAUUGUGAAACAAGCUGGAGUUGCCACAAAAGGACCCAACGAAUAUAUUCAAGAAAUAGAAUUUGAAAACUUGUCUCCAGGAAGUGUUAUUAUAUUCAGAGUUAGUCUUGAUCCACAUGCACAAGUUGCUGUUGGAAUUCUUCGAAAUCACCUGACACAAUUCAGUCCUCACUUUAAAUCUGGAAGCCUUGCUGUUGACAACGCAGAUCCUAUUUUAAAAAUUCCUUUUGCUGUUAUUGCCUCUAAAUUAACUUUGGCUGAGAUGAAUCAGGUGCUUUACCGAUGUGAGGCGGAAGAACAAGAAGAUGGUGGAGGGUGUUAUGACAUCCCAAACUGGUCAUCUCUUAAAUAUGCAGGCCUUCAAGGAUUAAUGUCAGUCUUGGCAGAAAUAAGACCAAAGAAUGACUUGGGACACCCCUUUUGUGAUAAUCUGAGAUCUGGAGAUUGGAUGAUUGACUAUGUCAGUAACCGGCUUAUUUCACGAUCAGGAACUAUUGCUGAAGUUGGUAAAUGGUUGCAGGCUAUGUUCUUCUACCUGAAGCAGGUCCCACGCUAUCUUAUCCCGUGUUACUUCGAUGCUAUACUGAUUGGUGCGUACACCACGCUCCUGGACACAGCAUGGAAGCAGAUGUCAAGCUUUGUUCAGAAUGGUUCUACCUUUGUGAAACACCUUUCGCUGGGAUCAGUGCAAAUGUGUGGAGUAGGAAAAUGCCCUUCUCUGCCACGUCUUUCACCUUCACUUAUGGAUGUGCCAUAUAGACUAAAUGAGAUCACAAAAGAAAAGGAGCAAUAUUGUGUGUCUCUAGCUGCAGGUUUACCUCAUUUUUCUUCUGGUAUUUUCCGCUGCUGGGGAAGGGAUACGUUUAUUGCACUGAGAGGUCUACUGCUGAUUACUGGACGCUAUUUAGAGGCCAGGAAUAUUAUUUUAGCAUUUGCUGGUACCCUGAGACACGGUCUCAUUCCUAAUCUCCUGGGAGAAGGAACUUAUGCCAGAUACAAUUGCCGGGAUGCUGUGUGGUGGUGGCUGCAGUGUAUUCAGGAUUAUUGUAAAAUCGUUCCAAAUGGCCUAGACAUUCUCAAGUGCCCAGUUUCCAGAAUGUAUCCUACAGAUGAUUCUGCUCCUUUGUCUGCCGGCACACUGGAUCAACCAUUGUUUGAAUUAAUACAGGAAGUAAUGCAGAGACACGUGCAUGGUAUACAGUUCCGAGAAAGGAAUGCUGGGCCACAGAUAGAUCGAAACAUGAAGGAUGAAGGCUUUAAUAUAACCGCAGGAGUUGACGAAGAAACAGGGUUUGUGUAUGGAGGAAAUCGCUUAAAUUGCGGCACAUGGAUGGAUAAAAUGGGAGAAAGUGACAGAGCAAGAAACAGAGGAAUCCCAGCCACUCCAAGAGAUGGGUCUGCUGUGGAAAUUGUGGGCCUGAGUAAAUCUGCUGUCCGUUGGUUGCUGGAAUUAUCCAAAAAAAGAAUUUUCCCUUAUCAUGAAGUCCGCAUAAAAAGACAUGGAAAGGUUGUGACAAUCUCAUAUGAUGAGUGGAACAGAAAAAUACAAGACAACUUUGAAAAGCUAUUUUAUGUGUCAGAAGACCCUUCCGACUGUAACGAAAAGCACCCUAAUCUGGUUCACAAACGCGGCAUAUACAAGGAUAGCUACGGAGCUUCAAGCCCCUGGUGUGACUAUCAGCUCAGGCCUAAUUUCACCAUAGCAAUGGUUGUAGCCCCUGAGCUCUUUACUGCAGAAAAAGCAUGGAAAGCUUUGGAGAUUGCAGAAAAAAAAUUGCUUGGUCCCCUCGGCAUGAAAACUUUGGAUCCAGAUGAUAUGGUUUACUGUGGUAUUUAUGACAACGCCUUAGACAAUGACAACUACAGUCUUGCUAAAGGUUUCAAUUAUCAUCAAGGACCUGAGUGGCUGUGGCCCGUCGGGUAUUUUCUUCGUGCGAAAUUGUAUUUUUCCAAAUUGAUGGGACCGGAGGCUAAUGCAAAGACUGUAUUUUUGGUUAAAAAUGUUCUUUCCCGACAUUACGUUCAUCUUGAGAGAUCCCCUUGGAAAGGACUUCCUGAACUGACCAAUGAGAAUGGCCAAUACUGCCCUUUCAGCUGUGAAACACAAGCCUGGUCAAUUGCUACUAUUCUUGAAACACUUUAUGACUUAUAGCUGAUUCAUGGAUGUGUAUUAAGUAUGCAAAUACUUGUAUUGUGGAAUGCAAGCUCAAAAUAUAAUAUAAAGGCUUUAUAUGCAGAGGUUCAAGUUAUUUUUAAAAAUCUCAUUUAUAUAAUAUUGAUGCCCAAUUAAGUAAGACUUUAAAAACAUUGAUUUGGUUUUUUCUUUUCUUUUGUUUCUAAUGUACAGAGGUAGCUUUUGAUUUGAAUCAGAAAGAAAAACUACCAUUACCAAUGGGAUGUUUUUCUUUUGAAUUCAUGAAGUAUUCCUAUAAUGUCUAGAAAUAAAGAAUUUGAAAUCCAGAGUUUGAAACAGAAAAAUCAUGUAAUCUUCUACUUGUACAUAAGUAAAAAUUAAGUAUGACAAUGUAAUAAUGAAAGAAAUGGAAAAGUAUCCUUAGAUUCUGGUAUAUAUUUUCUUCAGUAAUAAUACAUAUUGAUUAUGCUGUAGUUAACUAAUGUUCUCACCUUUUACUAUAUUAUUCCUAGCACCCUCUACACUGUAUUCGAUAAAUAUUAACUGAUUACUGAAUCACGGAAGUAUCUAUCUACAAUGUUAUGUUCAGAGAUAGAGCACAGAUGUUCAUUGUGGGGUUUUUUUUCACUAAAAUAUUAAUAUGUUUUUAAUAUAAUGAAUGCCAUAAUUUGCUUAGGUUAAUGAUACAUAGGAUAUAUGAAAAAACACAAGCAUUUAAGAAUUUAUUUCCUAAAAAUAGUUUUGUAAAAUUAAUCUUGAGUUCCAGUUUCCUACUAUGAGAUGGCUCACAUUCUGUUUUUAUUUCUUUUUUUUUAAGUUUUUAAAUGUUUUAUUUAUUUCUGAGAGGGAGAGACAGACAG